AUGGAGGACGUGGACACCCUGAGGGGCAUGGCCGAUCUAAGCCAAAUGAUAAACCAGGAUUUCAGCCAUCGAGCCUGGAUUGGUCUGUACAACGACGUGGACAGCUGGAGGUGGUCGCUGUCAGACCCGAGUUUCUACGGGCCCGAUGUGACCUUUGCCCUCAUCUCCACCUCCAUGUCAUGGACUGAGGCCCAGAGCUACUGCAGAGAGCACCACACAGACCUGGCCAGCGUGAGAAACCUGGCAGAGAACCAGGAGGUGAAGCAGCUGGUUCCUCCUGGACAGAGAGUCUGGAUCGGCCUCUCCAGAGAGUCCUGGAAGUGGUUUGAUGGCAGUAACUCCACGUUUAGGAACUGGAGUCCGGGGAGAGCAGAACCUAACAACUUAGACCCAAAGGAGGAUUGUGCUGCAGCAGACUUUAACAACAAAGGGGGCUGGGAGGACUGGACGUGUGACUGGAAGAGAUCCUACAUCUGCCACUCUCUGGAGAUCACUCAACAUGUGAUCAGAGUGAGCGUGCAGAAGAAGAAGAACCCCUCUGUGGAUCUGAACCACUCUGCUGUGAUGGAACACAUCCUGCUACAGCUCCAACAGCAGCUGAAGGAUGAGGGGCUGCAUGCAAACAUCCGGCUGAGCUGGAGGAAGCAGCCGGAUGGAAACGUCUUCCAGAAGGAGGAGAGCGAGGAGCAGGAGGAGGAAGAGGGCAGAGUGACAUGUUGAACUGCUGUGGUUACAUUCAGGAGAGAAAACCCUUCUUCUCUUCUGAAUGCUCAACGUAUAAGUUGCAGCGACGAUUUGAUAAGUUGCAGCGACGAUUUGAUAAGUUGCAGCGACGAGCUGAUAAGUUGCAGCGACGAGCUGAUAAGUUGCAGCGACGAGUUGAUAAGUUGCAGCGACGAGUUGAUAAGUUGCAGCGACGAGCUGAUAAGUUGCAGCGACGAGUUGAUAAGUUGCAGCGACGAGUUGAUAAGUUUUCUUGAUUAAUCAGUUAAG